AUGCAUAAGCUCUCCACUGCACCGCACCAGUCAAUACUAGUAUUACUACUACCACCCUCUCUUAGCUUUCUUCCCACUAUGGACAAGCUUGCUCUAUUUUCUACUCUCCUGCUACUCGGGCUGCUCCUGCUUUCGUCGGACGGCAUUCCGAGCAGUACUCGACCCACAUGAACAACACAGCGACGACAUCAUCCCCAUCGCUUACGAUCCAGCAAAAGAGGUGAAGCUGAUGUACCUAGUGGUGCAGUGGCCGCCGGCUAUGUGCCGCUUCAAAACCUGCCAUCCACGGCCUCUGGCCGCUUGGUGGGUUGACGCACCAGAAAACCUCCUUCAGGUAGGGGGGGGGGGCGUCGUGACUCCUUUAUCAUUGACGCAAACCACCGAGGGCGUGACCCCUUGCUUUACCAGCACCGUCGCGACGUCACCCAUUUUGGGUUCCUCACCAGCCUUUAUACCGGAGUCUGUGAGGAGCUUCAAGGUAUUGACUUGGUGCUUGACCAACCAAGCGACCAGAGGCCGUGGAUGGCAGGUUUUGAAGUGGCACAUAGCCGGCGGCCACUGCACCACCAGGUGCAUCAACUUCACCACUUUUGCUAGAUUGUAAGCGGUGGGGACGAUGUUGUUGGCACAAGCUUGUUACUGAGGUACUGCUCGGAACGUUGUCUGACGAAAGCGGGAGUAGCCCGAGAAGCAUGAGAGCAAAAAGUAGAGCAAGCUUGUCGAUAGUGGGAAGAAAGCUAAGAGAGGGUGGUAGUAAUACUAGUACUGGCUGUGGUGCGGUGGAGAGGUUAUGCAUGUAUCUACUAUGUAUACAAGUAUAUAUAGAACAAAGGAAAAUGCUGUCUAGUGCAAUCAAGUAACAACCAAAUACAUGCUUACGAAAAAAAUGAUAUUCUGGACUAGUACAAUUUGUUAGGGUUUAUUUAAAGUCACACAUGCACCUUCUACCUACAAAUUCUAACAACCAUAUAUCUGCACACCAAAGAAAUGAUAGAGUAGUGUUUGUUAUGGUUUUCUUAUAUAUAUCGACUCACACAACUUGGCCCUUGCAACUGCAAAUUCUAACAAAUAAAUAGGUGUCAUAAAUAAAUAAAUUCAUUCUCACUUCUCUCUCUCUUUUUUUUUUUUUUUUUUUUGCAAAAUUCUCACUUCUGUCUUUUUCUCCAACAAAUUUUGAUACGACUUGCAAUGGAUAACCAAACUUCAUUUCAUCAAUACUAUCCAGUACAACUUGCAACUUGUACUAACUACAAUAAACCUGCAGUACACCAGCAACAGCCUACCCAUGAUCUACCAUAUUAUACCAGUAAGCUAAGGUCCCCUGCAAAACUCAAUUGCUAAUCUACUAAUUACUUAUCAUCAAACACCUAAGGAAGUGGUCUUCCGCGAAUCAGUUACACAUCAAUUAAUCUCAAUUUUCGUCUCUGAUGAGCUUCUCAUGCACUAUAUGAGCUGUUCUUGCUCUGUUUCUUGCUGACUAAUUUGCACGGCAGUCUUUUGAUCGCUGAAACUCUUGUAGGGAAGGAUAAUUUGUGUUUGUGAGUACUAAAUCGAAAUGUGGCGUUUGAUUAGCUGCGCUGAUCUUAUAAGUUCUCUUGGGCCUGGAUUGAUUAAAAUUUAAAACAAACACCACAUGAUCCGUACGAAUAAAACAAAUAUUGGGUUGUUCUAAACAUAAACGAGCAAGCUAUGGGCUUUUAUUGACAAAGAAACAAAAUGGUAAACGAGUGACUAAGCAUCUGAUUUAGCCCAUCAAAUCAAAACCUGCCGUAUAGAGUAUCAACUAGCAAGACAUCAAAUAAAUAUACCACAACAUCAUCAUCCACAAAUAUCAUAUAAACAAAAACUAUUGGGGGUGCAACGAGGAGUCAUAGAUGGGUGAUUUUGUUAGCAGUUAACCAUUAAGCAAUGUAUAGGUAACCGAAAUCGAACCACUAAAAAAGUAUUAGUUAUCUGUUAACAACUACCCGUCGUUAAUUUUAAUGGUAAAGUCAACAGGUUUCUAAAUAAUUAUGAUUAUUUUAUCACUUUCAUUUACUUCUAAUUUAGUGUUAUGAUGACGUGGAAAUUGUAAAAAAAUAAUUUCUAUUUUUAAUUAUUUUUAAAUUGCCACGUCCUUCAUAUAAUGAUUAACUAUUGAACUAAUUUUAGUGACCUAGAAUGAGAUAAAAAAAUUUAGUGGUAAAUGUCAAAUAUUUUAGUAAACUCAAUGACCAAACUUGCAAUUUAUCCUUUAUUAUGAACAUUGCUAUUCGUCGCCCUAAAAUACCUUAUUCGUCGCCCUAACUUUUAUUAAAAUUACUUAAAUAUC